GGUUCGAUUAAGGCAUAGCCCAUUACAAAAUAAGAGCCGCGUGAGCACCACGCGCCUACCCCAUCCCACCAAUAGUCGUUAAAAAAAGCUCACUCGGCUGACGGCUGCUGUCUCAAUAAACCCUAAUGAUUUAAAUACACGUCUGAUAUUAUUAUUAUUGUUAUAUGUUAUGUUAUUAUUUCCAUCUUUUCCACCCUUGUUCCUCUCAAUCUUCAGUAAACCCUAGAAACCAUUUCAAUCGCACUCAUGGAUCUUUCAAAUCUUGUUAUUGUUCUCAAAGCAGCACUUAGCCCCAAUCCUGCUGAACGCAAAGCUGCUGAAGACAGUCUCAAUCAGUAUCAGUAUACUCCUCAGCAUUUGGUGAGGCUGCUGCAGAUUGUUGUAGAUGGAAAUUGUGAUAUGGCCGUACGCCAGGCUGCGAGUAUUCAUUUUAAAAACUUUAUUGCGAAAAAUUGGGCGCCACUCGAUCCAGAGGAACAAUGCAAGAUUUUGCCAAGUGAUAAAGACGUGGUAAGGCAGAACAUUCUUGUUUUUGUAGCACAACUUCCUCCAUUGUUGAGGGCACAAUUGGGUGAAUGUCUCAAGACAAUCAUACAUGCCGAUUAUCCUGAGCAAUGGCCAGGUCUUUUGCACUGGGUGACACAUAAUUUGCAAGAUCAACAAGUUUAUGGAGCUCUUUUUGUGCUUAGAAUUCUAGCUAGAAAAUACGAAUUCAAGUCAGAUGAGGAGAGGAUUCCAGUUUAUCAUGUUGUCGAGGAGACAUUUCCUCAUUUGCUAAAUAUAUUCAGCAGGCUUGUUCAGAUAGCAAAUCCUUCGAUUGAAGUAGCAGAUUUGAUUAAACUCAUCUGCAAAAUAUUCUGGUCGUCCAUUUACCUGGAGAUUCCUAAGAAAUUGUUCGACCCAAACGUGUUCAAUGCUUGGAUGGCUCUGUUCUUAAACAUGUUGGAGAGACCCGUUCCAUUAGAGGGUCAACCCAUUGAUCCAGAGCUACGCAAGUCAUGGGGAUGGUGGAAGGUGAAAAAGUGGACAGUUCAUAUAUUAAACCGCCUCUAUACUCGGUUUGGAGAUUUAAAAUUGCAAAGUCCCGAGAACAAAGCUUUUGCUCAGCAUUUUCAGAAAAAUUAUGCUGGAAAAAUAUUGGAGUGUCAUCUCAACUUGUUGAAUGCAAUCCGAACUGGUGAUUAUUUACCUGACAGAGUCACCAACCUUAUUUUGCAAUACUUGAGCAACAGUAUUUCUAAGACUGCAUUGUACAAUUUGCUCCAACCGAGACUUGAUGUUGUUCUUUUUGAGAUAAUCUUUCCACUUAUGUGCUUCAAUGACAACGAUCAAACACUUUGGGAAGAAGAUCCACACGAGUAUGUGAGGAAGGGUUAUGAUAUUAUUGAAGACCUAUACAGUCCUAGGACUGCAGCAAUGGACUUUGUGAGUGAGUUGGUAAGAAAACGUGGAAAAGAGAACCUUCAAAAGUUCAUAUUAUUCAUUGUGGAGAUUUUUAAGAGAUAUGAAGCGGCAUCAAUUGAGUUUAAGCCUUAUCGACAAAAGGACGGUGCGCUUCUUGCCAUCGGAGCAUUGUGUGAUAAAUUAAAACAUACUGAACCGUAUAAAUCUGAGCUUGAGCCCAUGCUAGUGCAGCACGUUUUCCCAGAGUUUGCGAGUCCUGUUGGCCAUCUCAGAGCAAAGGCUGCAUGGGUUGCAGGGCAAUAUGCUCAUAUUAAUUUCUCCGACUCAAAUAAUUUCCGUAAGGCGCUACAAAGUGUCGUUGCUGGUAUGCGUGACCCUGAGCUUCCAGUUCGUGUUGAUUCUGUUUUUGCAUUGCGUUCUUUUGUUGAAUCUUGUAAAGAUCUAAGCGAAAUCAGGCCAAUUCUUCCACAGUUACUUGAUGAUUUCUUUAAGCUAAUGAAUGAAGUUGAAAACGAGGAUCUGGUGUUUACCCUCGAGACAAUUGUUGAUAAGUUCGGAGAGGAGAUGGCACCCUAUGCUCUCGGCUUGUGCCAGAAUCUGGCUGCUGCAUUUUGGAAGUGUAUAAAUACUUCUGAAGGUGAUGAAGAAGCAGAUGAUCCUGGUGCUUUAGCAGCUGCUGGUUGUUUACGUGCCAUUAGUACUAUUCUUGAAUCAGUAAGCAGGCUUCCUCACCUCUUUGCUCACACUGAGCCAACUUUACUACCAAUAAUGCGUCGCAUGCUUACAACUGAUGGCCAAGAUGUUUUUGAAGAAGUUCUUGAAAUUGUAUCUUACUUGACCUUUUUCUCACCGACAAUAUCCAUGGAAAUGUGGAGCCUUUGGCCGUUGCUCUUGGAAGCUCUUGCUGACUGGGCUAUUGAUUUUUUCCCGAAUAUUCUUGUCCCACUGGACAACUAUAUAUCCAGGGGUACAGUGCAUUAUCUGACAUGCAAGGAGCCAGACUACCAACAAAGUUUGUGGAAUGUGCUUUCCAAUAUAAUGAGUGAUAAGAACUUGGAGGACAACGACAUUGAACCUGCACCUAAGCUAAUUGAAGUGGUGUUCCAGAACUGCAAGGGCCAGGUGGACCACUGGGUUGAGCCAUAUAUCAGACUCACCGUCGAACGCUUGCGUUUUACGGAGCGACCAUACUUGAAAUGCCUUCUGGUGCAAGUUAUUGCUAAUGCUCUUUACUAUAAUCCAUCUUUGACACUCAACAUAUUGCAAAAGCUUGGUGUCGCUACAGAAGUUUUCAAUCUUUGGUUCCAGAUGUUGCAGCAAACUAAGAAGAGUGGUGCUCGCGCCAACUUUAAGAGGGAACAUGAUAAGAAAGUGUGCUGUUUGGGCUUGACAUCUCUACUCACUCUUCCUUCCGAUCAGUUACCAGGGGAGGCCUUAGAGCGUGUAUUCAAAGCAACACUUGAGCUGCUUGUUGCCUACAAGGAUCAAGUAGCAGAAGCUGCAAAGGACGAACCGGAAGAUGAUGAUGACAUGGACGAUGGUUUGGAAACAGAUGAUGAUGAAGAUGAUAUGGGAGAUGAUGCAGAGGAUGGCGAUGACGCUGAUAGCUUGAGACUUCAGAGACUAGCUGCACAGGCUAAGUCAUUCCGCCCAGCCGAUGAUGAUGAUGACGACUCCGACGACGAGUUCAGUGAUGACGAUGAGUUGCAAUCACCUAUUGAUGAAGUCGAUCCAUUUAUAUUCUUUAUGGAUAUAGCAAAAGCCAUGCAAGCUUCAGAUCAAGUGCGGUUCCAGAAUUUGUCCCAGACGCUUGACUUCCGUUAUCAGGCACUUGCAACUGGUGUUGCUCAGCAUGCCGAUCAGAGACGAGUGGAGAUUGAGAAAGAGAAGUUAGACAAGGCAAACGCUGCAGCAGCCGCCUCGUGAAACUUUUAGAUUUUGCUUUCUAUGCCCUCAAUUUUUUGGUUGUCCGCGUCAUUGGAGAUUUUGGCUUUAGCAGUCGGUCAUUGGCGACUACCUUAACGUGCAUUGAACAGAAGUCGCCUGAGUUUUAUCUAAAGUGUGGGUUAUGAGUCGAGUCAUAAGGCGUGGCGUGUCUAUGGAAGAUGAUGCCUGAUCUUUGUAGUUGUCCAGUCAAAGUUCCUUGAGGCUGGGGUACAUAGUCUGGAUUCCCGAGUGUUCUUUAUUGUCUAGGUUUGGUUUGGUGGUAUUUGAGCCGGGAAAUGUUUGCUGGGUCGUGUCUGGUGACCAUGAAACAUUUAUUCAUUACUUGGAUACAUGUUAUUCAUCAGAAGUUGCUGUACAUUCAAAAGGUUCUAUUGGUAUUUUUUACUUGAUAAUGUGUGGUGGAAUAGAAUUUCGGUGUUAUUUGCUUCAA